ACGUUGGCUAUUGUCUAGGUUAAGGAAAAGCGUUCUUUGGACUCCAAAGUUUGGAGAGAUUCGUAAUCCUCACAUUUCAUAACAAUAUGUUAUAGUGUUUCACGAUCCAUACAUGUUUCACACUGUGCUGAAUUUACGAUGGAAAACACGUCAAUCAGAAGUGGGGAAAAUGCGGAAAGAGAGAAUUGAACGAUUGUUCCUGAAGGACGUGAAAAGUUGGCGGAGCAGUGGGGGCCGGCCCGGGGCCAGUCCUGCCAACGAUCCGUCUCCGACAGAGGAGAUGCUAAGUAUUGUCCUGGAGGUGAUGCAAGCCACGACAUCAGGUGGGAGGGAGCUAUAUAUGCUAGGGAUGUGUGCCCGCCGCUGCAGUGAACCAACCCCGAUCUUCGGUAUACCUCAACGCUCAUUGGCUUAUCCAAUUUACAAACCAGUCGUGAAACUAGUCUUUAUUAUGUUACGUGAAGGAGUUCUGUUAACUACUUGCCUUGUUUUUGCAUAUGUUUGUACAAAGCCUACAGUUCACCAUAGGGCAAAAAGGUGGGAAGACUUUCCUAACCUAACCUUCACAUUUGACUGCACUGAUAGGGCGGUUGGCUUUUACGCGGACACAGAACAUCACUGUCAGAUAUUCCACAUGUGCGAUGAAGAUGGGAGGAGGAUACCCUACAUAUGCGCCAACGACACCAGUUUCAACCAGCAGUACAGGGUGUGCGAUUGGGACUACAAUGUUAACUGUGGGGAUGCACAGAGUUGGUACUAUCUCAAUGAGCUAACUUACGUCACGGAUCCACCGAAAGAAAGUACGCUGUCACCAUGAAUGGCUGCUCAUGGAUCGCAAGGCUGAGCCGAUCGAAUCUCUGGUUCAUUUUUUCAUCGGUUGAGUGUGUGUUUACGGGUUAAUGUAAUACCUGCGAUAAUUACGAAAUGUAAUACGUACAACAAUGGUGCCCUUUUUCUGCUAAGUUAAACUAUUGCCAUAUUUUUAUACAUUUUUAUAUUUAAAUAAACUUUUUUGUAAUAAAUUUAUGAUGC